AUGUCGGGGAUGUGGGCAAGUGGUCCUUCAAGACGCCGGAGUGUCGGUGAAAGCACCAAGGACCGGCGGCCCCGGCUGAAAGCUUUGGCGGCAGAUAGUGCACAGGAGCGCCGCCGUCAGGAAUUCAUCUCCAACCAGAAGAGGGCGCGGCGGAACCUGUCCGACCACGCUCGUCUGCUGGCCGCUCUGCCGUCGGAAGAGUCAGAAGCCACCGACACCGGCGAAUACCAGCAGCACCGCCACCACCAUCACCCACAAGCUGAAGGCUGCGAUUACGGAUUCCCGACCGCAGAAGGAGGGGGGGUGGAGUCGUCGAUAAAAGGGCACGAAGGAACCGGAGGCGAAGCAGGAGCAGGAGGUGGAGAUACAGGAGGAGGGUGGGCGCAGGAGGUCGAAAUGGCGAUCGAUGAUGGACAGGUCCAUGAAAAGUCUCCCCACCAUGUUGGCGACGCCACCGCCAGGGUUUCCGCCAGUAGGCCGGCGAGCAGCAACAACAGCUCCACCGGCGCUAGGGGCGGCGGGCAAGGCGGCGGUAGGGGGAAGGGGACAAGGGGCGCCGGAGGCAGCGGCGGUGCGGCUCAACGGGCGAUAAGACGGCGGGACCACUGGGCCAAUCAGCUUUGCACUCCGGAGUGGAUGCUGACGGUCCCGAGCGAUCUCAACGGUGCCGGCAGCACCGUUGGUGCUGGGUGGUACGUGAUGACGAGGCCGGAGGGCAAGCGUGUGCUGGUCAUCUCGGCAAAGGGGGAGACGGUGGCCAGGCAGAUGUGCGGAGCGAUCACGCACAGGUUUAGCUCGAACUUACCGGGGGGAUCGUCGACUACGGCGGGACGGCGGGGGGGCUCGAAGGGCGGUGGCGGCUACUGCAUCUUGGACUGUGUCUUUCACGAGCUGGACCAGACUUUCUUCGUGUUGGACAUGAUGGCGUGGAAAGGCUACCCGCUGUACGACUGCAACACGGACUUCCGUUUCUACUGGGUCCGGACGAAACUGCUUGAAGCAGACGGGCCUCUUGACACCGUCACCUCGAGAAACGCCUACAGAAUAAAGCCGACGCCGUACCAUGAGUGCGAUAGGCAAGGGCUGGCCCACGCCUACGCUUCGCCCGUGCCGUUCAUCAAGGAUGGGCUGCUGUUCUACCUCAAGACCGCCCACUACCAGCUAGGCCCGACGCCUCUGGUGCUGCUGUGGAAGGACGCAUCAGUGGCGAGGUAUCUGGGGAUACAGUCGGACCAGGCUGUGGUGCUGAAGGUAGUAGGAGACCGCAGCGGCGCAGAGUCGGAGGAAGAGAGAGAGCUCUCAAGAGGCGGCGAGACUGAUGCCGGUUCGGCGGAUCACUCGAACAGCCCUCGAACGGUUUCGCUUUUGGACGGCCCCCACAAAGGAGCGUUCGCUGCCACGGGUACCGGUGGCGAUCAGCGGGGUGGUGGUGGUGGCGGUGGCGGUGCGGCGAAAUACCCACUGAUAACCGCGGACGGCGUGUGUGUGGGGGAGGUGGGGCCGGAAGGGAGCCCUACGUACGUCCCGCAGGCGAAGGCGAAUGACUUGCUGCGGUUCAAGCUGACGGGUGCCGAGGAGGAACUGCUCGACCAAUCAGCGGGAGGCACGGCGGCGAUGGAGGCGGCGGCGGCCACUGGAGGGGGGGGGGGUGCGCUGAGGGGGUCAGUGCAGGGGCUUCGGUUCGACAAGCGCUGCAGCAAGUUGCGGCCUAUGGCGGACACGUGGAGUAAGGUGCUCUUCCAGUCCAGGCUCCGAAGAAACGGCGGCGUUAGUAUCGAAGACAUCGAUGCCAAGGCCAAGUGUGUCAUCACACCAUCGAUAGGUCCUCAAGAGGGACAGGGAGAUGAGCAGCACGCGGAAGAAGAUGGUGACGAUGAUGAGAUGCUCUAG